UGAUAGAUGUCGGGGGAGUCUCCUUAUUAUAGAUAUGGCAUUUAUUGGACAAUUAAACGCUGAUGGUGAUUUAAUGGAAGUGGGAGGGGUUCGAGAAAAGCUAAAUGGAGCAUAUACAAAUAAGAUAGAUAAGAUUAUUAUGCCAACUUGCAUGAAGUAUGCGGUCAAGGAAUUGAAAAAAGAAUUUCAAGAAAAAUUUACUUUCAUCUAUGUUGAUACUUUUUUUGAUGCUGUAGAGUAUUUAUUUCCUUGA